CUGCUUUCCUUUAUCAGUGGUUGAGCGAGUUUUGAUUUCAUUUCGUCUGUCACUGGAGAAAUUGAAAUCUCUAUUCUGAGCUCAGCGUAGCAAUCGGCUCUCAACUGUUUCCGCAAGCAUCGCCUCAUCUCUUGGCGCUUGUCUGCAAGGAGAUCCAUGGAGUUUGAUGCGGAGCAGCACACUGCUUCAGGAAGUGUUCCUGAUUUUGGUGCAAUCUUCAUGUCUAACUGUUCUACGAAGAAAGAAUGUUUCAGAAAGAAAGUAUUUGGGCUUCCAUCUCAUCAAUCUAGCUUUGUGAAGAAAGUGAGAGAUGGAAUGUUCUUGUUUCUUUUUGAGUAUGAGAAAAGAGAAUUGUAUGGAGUAUUUCAGGCAUCUUGUAAUGGUGCGAUGAAUAUUAUCCCGGACGCAUUCAAGUCAUUAGGCAAACAAUUCCCUGCACAGAUUUGUUUCAGAACUAUCUGGCUCUGCAAUCCACUUUCAGAAUAUGAUUUCCGUGAUGCUAUUAAGGACAAUUACUACAGUGCAUACAAAUUCAACUUUGGUCUAUCUGAAGAUCAGGUCGACAGGCUUCUAUGGUUGUUUGAAUCAAGAAUUGUGAAAGACUUGCGAACUCCAAUUCUAGUUACAAGAACUAAAAUCAGUAAACAUUUUAAGAUAUCCAAUUGGGAUUCCAGCUUUUUGAAAACCUAUAGAGAAGAAAAUAAUCUUAACAUGGGCAGUGGCAUUGAGCCAUAUGAUGUGACUAGGAACCAUGGUUUUCCUAUGCCUAGAGAAGAAAAUAAUCAUAUGCUAGACAGAAGCAUUGAGCCAUUUAAUGCGAGUGGGAACCAUGGUUUGCCUAGGUCUAACCUAGAUUCAUCAGGUUAUUCUGACAAAUUCACAUUAGACAAAAAUGACUCUUUACUUGAAGGUUAUCGUAGGUUGUCAACUGGUAAUCACUUGGAGGAACCAUUAGUGUCAAAUUUGCUUGCUUCAAAAUCUCAUGGAGAUGCAAUUAUGCCAAGCAGCCAACCUGCCGGUACUCCUGGUGUUGAUUUUCGUCAUCCUGAAUCUCCUGGUGUUCAGUACAGGCAAUCAUUGUCUUUUGGGCAUGGUUGUUGUUCUACAAAAUUAGCAGACAGAAUCCAUCCAUCAUCUGAAGGUCAAUUAGUUUACUCCCCUGCUGAGCCCAGGAACUUCAGUAGAUGCCAUAAUCUAGAUGGCUUUACCAAGCUUGAGGAUUUCAUUCCAUUGUCACUUUCCCCAGACCAUUAUGAGCCUUCCAAUUCUGGCACUCCUUCCUCUGGGGCUGGAUAUUUGCAGAACAAGACAAUUGGAGUGACAAAUCUUGAACGUUAUGAAGGCUUAUCCUACCCGGAUAACCCUAUGCCGUUCAUAAGGAAUGGAGAUCAUGGAAGGGCAACAACAAAGUCUUCACGCUUCGCUUUCGUUCCAAAUAAGAGUUCCCCGUAUGUGUCCGACUGUGGUCUUCCUGCUGCAUCACAACCAGAUUAUGUUUAUGAAGGAUCCCGGUAUCAGCAUUAUGAAGCUUCUACUACUUCUGCACCUUUUUUAAGUCAACUCCAUCUACCAAAGGAUGGAUAUCAUUUAGAAUCUCAAAAAUAUGGCUAUUAUGAAAAAAGUGACCCAAGUUAUGGCAAUAAGGGUAGAAUCUCCAUGGGUCUGCAUUCUGAUAAUCAGGAGAAGAGAUGCAGUGUGUUUUCACGGUUGUGUGCAGCCCAACCAGGUACUGGACAAUUAAGAGGCAAUUAUGGGUACAUUGUGGAUAUGACAGCAGAGGACCUUAAAGUAUUACACCAUGGUUAUAAAAGCCCAAGGAAAACCAUAUGGAAAACUAAACCAUUUAUUGCAAGACAAGAUAAUGAUGAAAACUUUGAGAAUACAUCACAGAAUGAGAUGAUUGUUGAUGCUGCCUUGCCCAAUGAAGAGGAUGGGUGGAGCAGUGAGGAAGUGGCUGAAGAGAUUCCCGUCAUUAACUUUAAGCGCCGGAGCAAAGUGCGAAAAAUACCGAUUGAAACCAAAGCAAGCGACUUUAUUGAGGGUGAAAAACACAAAAGGAGAAAACUGGUGAGGCCAACCUUCAGCCCCAUUUUGCAACUUUCACCACAAGAAACAUGUAAUAGUAAUGGAAACAAAGGUAGUGAAGGUGAAGAAAAAACAAAAAGUUCUGAUAUAUCAGUUAGAGGUGGUGGAGGUAAAGUCAAUGGAAAGGAUUCGUCUGAGAAUGAUGGCAUCCAAAAUCCAGUUUGUCCAGUUAGUUUUAAGGGCAACAAUGGUUAUGAACACUGCUCAAGGAGCGAGGAUUCCAAGGUGGAAAUGUUAUGCAGAGAGCUUUUUGGUAAUAGUUGCAGUUGCCCCAAAUGCGAGGGGUCAUCUCAAGGAAUAUGUGAAGACAAUGGAAAUGCUGGAAGAGGAGAGCUGUUGAUCAAGAGUGACAGUGACAAAAUAAUUGAUAAAGGUUUGUCUCUAACAGUUGGAAUGCAAAAUGCCAGCUGUCGAAUUAGUCGUGAGUUUGACAAUGUGACAGCAGAAAAAAGCAGUGGUUCCAAACUGAAACAAGUAUAUAAAAAAGAGCUUGUUGAUGUUUGUAAAGAUGGUGAUGGUGAGGCCGAAUAAAACAAACCAGAGUUUUUCCUCUAACUCCCCGUAUAGUCAGAUCGAUACAUCUACAGGGAAUGCACUAGAGUUUUUUGUGCAUUUUGUUAAUAUGCCGGUUUGGAAGGCUUGAGUUGACAUGCAACAGCGAUGAGCUAGCAAUACAGUAUGACAUCAAUAUAUCUUUUAAUAUGCUCCUGGUUUAUCACACUGCUUCAGACUCUUAGUUCUUGUGGUUACUUAAAGUGUGAGAAAACCGGAAGAGAAGUUGCGUACCUAUAUCAGAUGGUUUAGUACCUAGGGCUGUAACUUUUGAUGAGUACCUAGGUAUUUUGCAUGUGCUGCAAGUAAAAAUGGAAGAACUUAAGAACACAAGUACUCAAAGUAAGUUUACAGAAUCCUGCAUGUAUCAAGACAAUGCAUCAUUAGUGAUAAUAACAAGCUUGUUAAUUACACCUCUCUCCACAUGAUGAUCUGAGAUGAGUUUGUUUUAACUUCAUGUAUUGGAUCCACAGUUAAACAGUUUAUGCA